AUGAGCCAAAUCAACCAGAGAGGUAUUGGUGAUGGAAUGACCCCCACAACCUCACCAAUAUCGAAUCCAUCGAAUCCAUCAUCAUCAUCAUCCAAUCCUCCAGCACCGACUAUGAUGGGAGUGAUUGGUUCCAUUUCUUUGAAUAUUGCUGCUUCAGUCGGAACCAUUUUUAUCAACAAACACUUGUUUCAAAAUUUGGGUUUUGUUGGUUUGGGAACCACACUCACGGUUUUUCACUUUAUAUUUUGUUUUGUAUUUACUGGGUUAACAGCUAUGUUGGGAAUAUUUCAACCAAAGAGAUUACCCUUGUUGAAGGUCCUUCCGAUUAGUUUGGCCUUUUGUGGAUAUGUUGUUUUUAAUAAUAUUAGUUUGGCCUAUAAUAGUGUGUCGUUUUAUCAGGUCAUGAAAAUUAUGUGUACUCCUUGCAUCAUUCUCAUUGAAUACUUCUUCUACCGAAAAACUCCAGACAGAAGAAUUCUAUUUCCUUUGAUUCCAGUCUGUGUUGGUACAUUUAUCACAGUCUUUACAGAUUUAGAAAUGAAUUACUAUGGAACUAUCAUGGCCAUAUUAGCUGUUUUAACAAAUUCAAUGUAUACAAUUUAUGGAACUGAAAAGCAAAAAGAGUUGAAAGCCAAUUCUCUUCAAAUUUUGCUCUAUCAAUCGAUCAUGAGUGCUGUAAUUUUAUCCGUCACCAUUCCAUUCUUUGAUGAUAUGGAAGUAUUGCCAGAAUAUGAUUUCAGAGAUGCCAAUAAUCUUUUCUGGAUUAUUUUCAGUUGUGUCACUGCAUUCUUUGUAAAUGUUAGCUUCUUUUUAGUUGCUGGAAAGACCUCACCAUUAAGUGUCAAUGUUGUUGGCUACUUUAAGACUGUACUUGUUUUCAUUGGAGGUAUUAUGCUCUUCACAGACAUUGUCUCAGCCAAGAAUUUAUUGGGUGUCACCCUUACCUUGCUUGGCGUUGCUUGGUACACGUAUGAAAAGUAUAAAAUCACACAAGAAAGUGUCCUUGUAUUGCCAACCACCAAUAAGUAA